CCUGCCUGUUGCUGUCCAUGCUGUGAACAGCUGAUGCGGUGCUCCAUCCUGUCAGACAGUUUUAAAAUAUACCUUCUUUUGAUUUUUACAAGCGUGUAACUCGACAUGACGAAGGAAGGAGUUCAGGGUGCGACGGAGGAGGAGCAGCAGGCUCAGUCAAAGAAAGCCCUAAAAAAGCAGCAGAAGGAAGCAGAGAAAGCUGCUAAGAAGGCUGAGAAACAGGCCAAGUUGGCUGGUGAGCAACAAAGCACAGAAGAAGAUGACUUCGCCAAGGACCGGUAUGGUGUGUCAGCUCUGGUCCAGUCACAACAAAAACUUGACAGGGUGUUGGUYCGGGUCCAAGACCUUACUCCUGAGAAAGCUGACCAGCUGAUCUGGUUGCGUGCCCGGAUUCACACCAGCCGAGCCAAAGGAAAGCAAUGCUUCUUGGUCUUGCGUCAGCAGCAGUUCAACGUGCAAGCGCUGGUCGCAGUGGGGGAUCGUGCCAGCAAGCAGAUGGUCAAGUUUGCCGCAAACAUCACCAAGGAGAGCAUUGUAGACGUGGAGGCAGUGGUGAGGAAAGUGGAGCAGAAGAUCGAGAGCUGUUCACAGCAGGACGUGGAGCUCCACAUUGAAAGGAUUUUUGUCAUCAGCCAGGCAGAGGCACGUCUUCCCCUGCAGCUGGAGGAUGCUGUCAGGCCUGAUGGAGAGGGGGAGGAGGAAGGAAGAGCCACCGUUAACCAGGACACCAGGCUGGACAACAGGGUGAUUGAUCUCAGGACGACCACCAGCCAGGCUGUCUUUYGCCUGCAGUCUGGCGUGUGCCAGCUUUUCAGAGACACCCUCACCAAGAAGGGUUUUGUGGAGAUUCAGACCCCUAAAAUAAUAUCAGCUGCCAGUGAAGGUGGUGCAAACGUUUUCACCGUGUCCUACUUCAAAACCAGCGCCUACCUGGCCCAGUCCCCUCAGCUCUACAAGCAGAUGUGCAUCUGUGCUGACUUUGACAAGGUCUUCUGCGUGGGUCCAGUUUUCAGGGCCGAGGACUCCAACACCCACCGUCACCUGACGGAGUUUGUGGGUCUGGAUAUCGAGAUGGCCUUCAACUACCAUUACCACGAAGUGAUCGACUCCAUCACCGACACCAUGGUGCAGAUAUUCAAGGGCUUGAGAGACAACUUCCAGACAGAGAUUCAGACGGUCAACAAGCAGUUCCCGAGCGAGCCGUUCAAGUUCCUGGAGCCCACCCUUCGGCUGGAGUUCACCGAGGCCGUGGCCAUGCUGCGCGAGGCCGGGGUCGAGAUGGGUGACGAAGAUGACCUCAGUACACCCAAUGAAAAGCUGCUGGGUCGUCUUGUCAAGGAAAAGUAUGAUACUGAUUUCUACGURCUGGAUAAGUACCCACUGGCUGUCAGACCCUUUUACACGAUGCCUGAUCCCAACAACCCUAAAUACUCCAAUUCUUAUGACAUGUUCAUGAGGGGAGAGGAGAUUCUGUCUGGAGCUCAGAGAGUCCACGAUCCUGAGCUGCUGACUGAAAGGGCUCUGCAUCACCAGAUUGAUCUGGAGAAGAUUAAGUCGUACAUCGACUCCUUCCGAUAUGGAGCCCCCCCACAUGGAGGUGGAGGCAUUGGCCUUGAGAGAGUCUGCAUGCUGUACCUCGGCCUCCACAACGUGCGUCAGACCUCCAUGUUCCCACGCGACCCCAAACGCCUCACACCUUGAACUCAACACUGUGGGGAUGAACACAGCCCCCCCCGCCGGACUAACACAGACACACGCCGUUGAUGCUACUAAUCCACAGUCCAGAAAGGGAACAAGUGUAGAAGAUCGUGACACUUUUCUGCCUCUAACACGCCACAAAAAGCUAAUUAUUAAGAAGAAUGAAGUUAUCAGUGUGGGGGGAGGCGGGGGACUUUAUUGAUUUGUGUUCAUAGUUUUCUAACAACUAUUAAAAACAAGAUGCAAUAAACAUAAA